CAAAGGGGAGAUUGAGAGGCAAAGGGGAAGUUUCUAUCCUUGCUUUUCCUGCGCAGACAGAUCAAGCUCCGCCAUGGCUUGCGCUGCUUCCCAGUCCUUGAUAUCUGCGAGCAGCUGCGCGUUCUCAUCUCAGAGGAUUCUCUCUAAGCCCCGAUGGCCACAGAGAAAGAAGAAAGGCUUCUUUGCGAACGCUUCGUCCAGUGCCGAAGAAUCUGAUUGCAACGUCGAUGAGUGCGCUCCUGAUAAAGAGGUUGGAAAAGUGAGCAUGGAAUGGUUGGCUGGAGACAGAACUAAGGUUGUUGGAACUUUUCCUCCUCGGAAAAGAGGUUGGACUGGAUAUGUAGAGAAAGAUACCGCUGGGCAGACCAACAUAUAUUCCAUUGAGCCAUCGGUGUAUGUGGCAGAGAGUUCAAUAAGCUCAGGCAAUGCAGGAACAUCAGCAGAGGGCGCGGAGAACAUAGCAGCAAUCACUGCUGGUUUAGCUCUAAUCUCUAUUGCAGCAGCAUCAUCCGUGCUCAUUCAGGUCAACAAGAAUGAACCUCAAGUUCAGAGAGUGGAUUACAGUGGUCCUCCUUUGAGUUAUUAUAUCAACAAAUUCAAACCUGCUGCUACAGUGGAAACUUUAGUCCCUCCCGCACCUGAAAUCUCCCCAUCUGUUCUUGCUUCUGUCCUUCCGGAAUCUUCUUCUUCAACAAUCGAAGCAUCCGUAGAUUCUGAAUCUAAGAUUUUGUCGGAACUGCAGUCUGAAGACAAAGCAAAUUUUGCAGAAACUUCUGGGUAAUCAAUGUACCUUAGGUAAUUACUUGGCUUUAAAUGGAUUUUGCUUAAUGUAUAAUGUAAUUUGACUUGCAAUAUAUAACACAUAACACAAUGAUCUAAUUAAAAUUUGGCA